UGUUCGGUGUUCGACUGCUCUUGUCUCUCGUGAUGGCGGGUGUGACGAUGACCUCUCCUCUGCGCGCGUGUCGCGGUAUAUUAAGGGAGAUCCGCUUCAUUAAAGGUCCCGAUUACAAACAGACUCUGAUUUAUAAACACGUGCUUGAGCAGUUCAAGAAGAACCAGGUGACAGGUGCGCAGUACUGUCGUGCUCAUCAGGACGCUCUUCACGCCGCUCACACGUAUCAGAGUCUGCUGGCCUCAACACGUCUUCACCUGCAGCUGCAUGAGCUGUAUCACGCACGCGGCGAGCGCCAAACGAACGAGGUGGCCAAUAUGGUGGGGCUCCGACUCCCAACGCAACCUGGCGGGAAAGGCUGGGAGACAUGAAGACAACGAGUGUGUGUGUGUGUGUGUUUAACACUCUUGAGCUCUGUUCUAAGUAUCAAUGUGUGAAAAUAAUUCAAUAAAACCUGCUCUGAAGUCAUUUACUUUCAUUGCUGUGAUGUCAGAAGGUCACAUGGAGUGUUUCAUCCGGAAAACAUCAAAUUAACAUCUAAUAAACAACAUCUGAAUGUCUUUGUGACGUGUUGCAGAUGAGCAAACGAGCAGAAAAUACAUCUUCUAGAUGAAAACACACAUCUAAGAGACGUCUGGGUCAGAUUUUCACCUUCCACAAAAGGUCAAAGGUAGCCAUGCACAGAUGUGUUCACCAAUAGCAGGCAAUUAUCUGCACCACCGGACAUUUGCUAUUAAAACUAAUUUCCCGUCAAUCAAAAGGGGGCGGGAAACCAUGUCGAUCGGUUAGCGUUCAACUUGUGCUUUGUAAGAACAAUAUGUAAAGAAUAUAGUAUCAAAAUUAUUAACAUGCGUAAACCGUUAUCCAUACAUUAGAUAAAUGUCACAUGUAUUUUGCCAUCGAUGCCCAACUUUCAACUGAAAUUCAGAAUUCAAUGAACAUGCCACAGUUUGUACAAAAAUAGACACAUUUGAAUUAGAAUGUUGUCUUUGUAUAAUAGUCCUCACGUCGUGCUAAAGCGCGCUAAUACCGCAGAGGGUAUCUGUGCCGCUGAAACAGUGUGUUAUGUGCUAAGAGGUGCUAGCAUAUGAUAGUAUGAGAUCCUGUAAGCUCCGGCAUCACAUUGAGGUCAAGCUCUAGUCUGGUGGUCGAGACACUGGAAGUUUUGACAGAAAGCUGAAAGAAUUGCAAACACGAGAGUAAUCCAGACUUUAUCUCUGUUAAUAUUAAUGCGACUGAAGCAUCAUGUCACAUUGCUUUAUGAGAGGACUGAGUUUCCCCACUGCUCUCGAAAGGCUCCUCAUCACCUCCACUUACUGAUGUGAGUGCGGGUUUUCUGCUUUGACCUGCUUAAAAGUAAAUACCGAUCAAGACUGCAGGUGGAGGCCCCGCAUUGAUCACCCGUGCGCACCGGACUCAUUAUAGUUUCACCCACAUUUCACGCUAUUUUGUUAUCGACAAAGUGAAAAUGCCUUUAAUGGAUUAAAACAGUGUGUGUGAUGACAUCAUGCCUAAAACCCUUUGUGGCAUAAGUUUUGGUUUAUCGCAGAAUAAAUCUUCCCUGAAGCCGUUUCAUACAGAAGUGUGUUUAUCAGUAAUUCACCUCCAGAUGUCCCUGAUUUCUUUGCUCUGAAGUUUUGGGUAAAAUGGGGAGAUUAUUGAGACGGUUCGCUGACAUUAGCCAAUUUACUAUCAUUUUAAUUUAAACAUUAAUUUAAUUCACAUGAAUGCGAUCAUUAUGGAGCAGUUGCUCUUCUGAUGGGACUGUAAUAUCGGUCCUGAUGUUGCACCUGUCGCAGGUUGCCAUCGGUUACGACCCGAAAGCGGAUCAUCAUGACCCUGUUCAAGCUGAUGACCUGUGAUGGACAUCAGGACCGAUAUUACUGCAGCGAGUAUUGGAGAAACUUUCAGUGUCAUCAUGGAUGUGUUUAUGAUGUGUGAAACAUUGAUGCGUGUAAUAUCAGUGUUACAUAUAUGAUACAUUCCUCAUAUUCUAUAUUUUAAACAUCUAAAGCAUCACAACUGCAUCAUGUCCCGCAGAUUUCUCCAGCGACUGAACUUGAUCAUCAUCUCAAAUAUAUUUAAUGUCAUUUAUAUUUUCUGAAGCAGUAAAUGUGAUCUGAGGUAAAGAUGUUGAGAUUUAAGAUAUUUAAAUGUUUUAAAUGUUCAAAAGCUGCUUUCCUGAAAACUCAAUAGUUCUGAGGAAGUCUAGAACAUUCUGAGAGUCAUUCAGACUGUAUUCAUCACAGGACCGAGUAAAGAUCAUUUAAGUGUGCGGAAAGGCAUUUAUAGGUCUUUCAUUUGGUAAUAAUGUCUUAAUGUAAUGCUUUUUUAUUUGGUAAUGUAUGUAAUAUAAUUCAGGAGAAGUAAAACUAAACAAUAGUUGAACAGAAUUGGGCUGUAAGUGCUCUGAUGAUUUAGUUCUGUGUGUUUAUUUGAAUGAUGUUUGUAUUGUGGGUUUAUUCUGUGACUGUCGUCUAUUAUUUUAAUGCUGUGU